AUGUCACUCCAAAAGCCACUCCUCCACAUCGUGGCGGCAGUCCUCAUCGUCUUCUCAACUGCCCUUCUUCUCAGCCAAGCAGGCACAUCAUCAGCAUCGAUUACCACCACCACAACCCAACAACAACCCCCAAUACCACAACAACCACAAUACCAAAACCCGCAGGAGAACGACAGCCAAAACAUCUGCAAAACCACCCACGACCAACCCAACCCCCUAGCCACCACCUUCCCUAACAACGCCACGGGAGGGGUCAUCAUCCCCAUCCCCCUAUUCCUCGCUCGCCGGCUGGUCCCUUCACAAUACGCCAUCCUCGAAUUGGCAUAUAGAUCCCUCGUUCCCGAUUUUCCCGAGGGAAUGUACCCCGUUUUGCUGCAAGCGGCGCAUGAUCAUGAUAUUCAGCUGAGGGCGUAUGGGAUUGUGUUGGAGGAUUUUUCUCGCAUCGGCUUCGAAUUCCCCUUCCUCUCCCCCUCCGGCCCCUCCGGCGACCGCUACUCCUCCUACCGCUGGGCUCCGGCGCAGUUGAUCAGCGUCGGCAACGACAUCGCCAUUGACGGCUCGCGAGCCUACGGGACGCGGGUUUCGCCGGCGAGUUUUGAGCCUGAGUGUGAGGCUUAUAGAGCGCUGCUGAAUGGGAAUACGUACUUCAAGGGGGUUUCGACCGCAUUCAACGCCUUGGGUACUAACUCCUCUGUUGAGGACAAUGUCGAUUUGAGCAAAGAGAACGAGAUGUCGAUAGAGCUGGAGAUGACCCGUCUCGUUUCCUCCUCCUCUUUCGAGUCCAACUCUGGCAGUCCUCCUUACUCCUUGGACUUCUUCAAAAACAUCACCAACCAACCUACUUUUGCCAGUCCAGGCGGUACUUGCGAUAACAUGAUCCGGCUUUUCGACACGUCCAUGUCUAGGGGAAAGUUUGCGCCGGUGCCGGUAAGAGGGAGGGUUAAAGCCGUUAAUGUGUUUCCGUUUGUUGCAGAAGGAGAGUUAGAUUCGGACUCGGAUUCGGACCCAUCAGGUUCGGACUCGGACGACGCUAGUCGAGGAGGGCAACGGGAGUGGGAGUGGACGGAUGUGUACGGGGUGCAAGUGGCGACGCCGUUCAUCGAGAAUAAUUACCUGGAUUGUGAGGCAAUGAGGGGUGCUUCGACCUCCCUCUACGAGUACGGAGGGUUGCCGUACGCAUUGUGGUCUGGCGAACAAUUCAAGAUCAUCUACUCCGACGCGCGCGCUAAGACAGUAAACGUACUGAUUUCAAACGAAAAAGAACAGAAAUGGGAGCGCCAGGUCUUGUUCAAGUCUGAAACACACCGGUACGGUGAUUUCAACUGCCACCCAGGCACACCGUGGGUUCUUGCCGUCGAAGAGGACCACACCAAUCCUAAGCCGGAAGACGUGAGAAACAGUGUGGUCCUUAUCCACAUCGAGACCGGCGAGGUCAGGAGUCUUAGGGGUAGCGGACAGCACGACUUCGUCGCUUACCCGCGGUUCAACCCUACUGAUAUGACACAGAUUUGUCAUAUCCACUGGGACCACCCUAACAUGCCGUUCUGGGGAGCGAAGCUGAGCGUGAUGAACCUUGACCUCACCAACUCAACCGUUUCAGACGUGAAGAUCGUUGGAGGCGAUGAUACAUCAACAGCUGCAGAGCCUAGAUGGGGACCUGACGGGCAACUCUACUUUGGUAGCGACAAGUCCGGCUUUCGUCAGUUGUGGAAAUAUCACAAGGGUGAUAGCGAGCCGAUUCUGCUACCGGGAUGGGAAGACGCGGAGUUCGGGGAUGCGCAUGAGGCUGUUGGAGCCCAGAGUUACGUGUUUCUGACAGACAAGGAGAUUGUUGCGGCCCCGGUUCGAUUCGGAGAGAUGGAGUUUGUGGCACGUUAA